CUGCACAAACCCCAUUUAGGGAAUGUUUGGUCUUCAGGCUCUCGUUAAAAGUCGUGCGAAAUGCGUCCCUUAUUUUGAUUCUCCCCAGUUUCCACCGCGCACGUCUCCCUGCUGCAGCUGCGGAUGCUGCCGUCAAGGCUUUUCUCUUUAUGUAUCCCUGAAAACAAUAAACGGCAUUCUACGAGAAGUUAUAAACUCCUCACUUUAUCAAAUGCUGCUUUGCCGAGGAUAAAAAGAGCCAACGAUUCAAUAAACGCUUUAAUGCUGUAACAGUAUCUAUUGAAGUAGCAUAGAGCUCUGACAGAGAUUAAUUACACCAUCAAAUAGUUCCUUGCUUUAACACGCAGUGUGCGCAGGUCUGUGCUACGACUGGAUAAAGAUCUAGCUGCAGCACUGCGCAUGAAUGGUUUCCUUAUUCUAAAAAAAGGAGAAAUGUUAGGGCAAUUUUACCUCUAUGAGUCCAGGAAUGAGGUGAAAGAACACUUUGUUUAAUCCCAUUUAUGUGCAUUGGUAUCCCUGGAUAAGUGGCGCAUUGAUCCACUGUACAAUUUUUGUGGGGGUAAAUAUAAUCACGUGUCAGCGGGUCAGCCAAUGGGAGCCAGGGAAGCUUUGAGAAAUAAUUACCUGCCUUGAUUGUUCUAUGGCUAGAUAAAAAAGUACACAUACACUCCAUAUAAUAAACGGAUGCAUGUAAAAGAGUCGGGGAGGCUUCGACAUGUCGACCACGGGUCCCAUAAGUAAUUAUUAUGUGGACUCCUUGAUCAACCAUGAGAACGAGGAUGUCCUUGCUGCGACUCGGUUCUCUGCUCCCGGUUCGCACCCAGCUGGCCCCCGUCCGACAUCCCUAGUCCCGGAGUGCGCCGACUAUCCUUCCUGCAGCUUCGCACCCAAACCGACCGUGUUCUCUACGUCCUGGGCCCCCGGACACUCCCAGUCAUCAGUGGUCUACCAUCCGUACAGCCAUCAACCGCACUUAGGCACAGACUCGAGGUAUAUGCGCUCAUGGCUGGAGCCGAUCUCAGGCGCCGUGCCUUUUCACGGCUACCCGGGGAACGGCAGACAUUACGGACUGAAGCCCGACGCCUUCCAGGAACACAGAGCCGGGGAAUGCCUCAGCUCCGCCGGACGGACCUACCCGGAUUAUCUGUACUGCUCAUCCACUGACAUGCGAGACAAGACGCCGCAGAACGUCCCCUCUCCCGAGUCGGAGCUUCUUGCGUCUGGGAAGCAUAAGGAGGAGAAGCCGGAGCUAGAUCCUAAUAACCCCGUGGCCAAUUGGAUACACGCCCGCUCCACGAGGAAGAAGCGGUGUCCUUACACAAAGUACCAAACUUUGGAACUGGAAAAGGAGUUCUUGUUCAAUAUGUACCUCACCAGAGACCGGAGAUACGAGGUCGCAAGGGUACUGAAUCUGACCGAGAGGCAGGUCAAAAUCUGGUUUCAGAACCGGCGAAUGAAGAUGAAGAAAAUGAACAAGGACAAGAGCGACAACAAGGAACAAUAAUGACUGUCGAGAGAGCGAGCGAGCGAGAGAGAUAACCAAUUAAUAGAAAAAUAAAUAAAAAUCUACAAAAAAAUAAAAAAUAAAAAUGGACAGCACAGAUUUACCAAAACGUAAAGCCUCCACCACGUCCUUCAUCUUAUUUGUCACUUUGUUGGAUUUGUUUGUAGUACCAUUAACCUCAGUCUUUGUGAUGCUGAAUAUUAUUUUAGUGCACAAUUUAAACAUUUAAGAGAGAGAGAGAAAAAGAGGAUACAGCAUAGAGACUUUUGUUGAGAAAACAAUCUGCUUUCACUUUUAUAUUUCUAUGUAAGAAAAAUCUAAAUGAGCAACGUUUGGAUGACACACAAUCUGUCCGAAGAAAUAGAAUACUUGAAUUCUUUUUUGAAUUUCAAAAGAAAAAAAACCCUAUAAUUUAUGACGUGAAUGUUGUUGUUUUUGUUUUUUUUUCCUCAAUGUUUAUUUUAUUUGUAUACUUCCUGACGCAGGUGUACAGUAUUUUGUACAGAAUCAGAAGCAUCUGCGAGCGCCUCGUCUGUGUUGUAUUUUGUGAUAGUUGUUGCUGUAAAUGUGCUUUAUUUGUUUGUCUUUCUUUCUGACUUUCUCUCUUCGUUUCUUCUUUCUUCCUUCCUUUCUUUCAUUCUUUCUUUCUUUCUUCUUUCUUUCUUUCUUUCUUUCUUUCUUUCUUUCUUUCUUUCUUUCUUUCUUUCUUCUUUCUUUCUUUCUUUCUUUCUUUCUUUCUUUCAAGAUUUUGGCCAUAUAGCUGGCGAGUUUUAAUUAAAGAGUGUAGCUGAAUAGAGCUCUGCAAAUAUAAUCAUGAUCACAUAAAGGCUUGUUUUCUGUGUUCAUUGGGGAUGUGAUGCAAGUGGAAUUUGGCUACACGGGAGGUUGGGCUUUAAUAAGGCAACGCAUAAUGAGGAAACUCAUUUUCUUUAAAAACAGCAGGCAUGUUUGAGGCAAUCGCGUUUUUCUGCGAAGGCUGCAAAGGCCUUAAUUAAGAAAGGUUGGGCUCAAAACGAGGUUAAAUUGAAAGCACGUUUUCAUUUUCGCCGUUUUAGCGAGCGUCUUUUACGCUACUAUCAAGGCCGACACGGGUCAUA